AUGGAAAGAAGUGAUACGGAAAAUUUCGAAACAAUUCUCAAAGAAGGCUGGAUUGAGAAGAGGAGCAGAUUUAUUAAAGAAUGGAGAAGAAGAUGGCUUGUUCUUACACCCAAAUACCUUUUUUCUUUCAAGCAGCAGCAGGGAUAUAGAGACAAUCCAACAGAGCGCAUAAGACUGCAGGAUUGUUCAACAGUGAAGUCAGCAGAAGAGGAAACCAAGAAAGACUUUUCUUUCAGAAUUGAUACUAGGGAUAGAGUGUUUUAUUUCAGUGCCUUAGAUCCAAGUGACAAAGAAGCGUGGAUCGGAUCAAUUGGGAGAGCAAUGGUAAGACCUACAGUUAUGCGCUCAAAAAGUGAAGAAGACGCAUUAAACGGAUAG